AUGCCGAAGAUAAGAAUUAGGCAGGGAGAGGCCAAGAGGAGUGGGAUCGGCGCGGUCGAGGCACAUACUCCGUACGUGAUUAGUGCCACCAGUGUCGAGCUGGUUGCAGAUACUUUAUUUCAACCAACGCUAACUGCAAAUGUUCGGGGCGCCAUUGGUGACCUCCGGAGCACUCCAUCGUUCAAGCGGAACAAUACGAGCUACGGACAGUUCCGGGCGCGUUCAGAGAUCCUGGCGGAUCCUCCUUCUGAUCCUCCCAUGAUCGUGGUUGCUAUGGGGGGGAGCGGAAGGGAGGGACUACUCCGUACUCCGGACUACCUCUCUCCCUUUUUGGUGCCAAGGCCAGCUGGACGUGGGUCCCCCCGAUCGACCCUCUCAACCGUUUCGGAAAAUGAAUGCAGCUCCAGGGUGUUUGUUGGGGGGGAGCCCGGUUUGCUCCGGGCCUCAACUGAAGCCCUCGGCUGUGGCUCACCGCCGGGCCUGAAGCAGGCUAGUGGCCGCUGUGCCUUGAUCAGGUUUAGCGCCAUCCCCAAUCGGCCGAUGGCGGGCGGUGAUUGGAUCUCAUUGGGUUCCUGGUUGUUGCGGUGGUGAGUGUGCU